AUGAAACCUAAAUACCUUGAAGGUGGUAGAUUUGAAUCUCCUAAUAGUAGUUUAAGAAGAUCAUCUUCUUUGCCUUCCUACAUUAAUUUAUAUUGCAAUCCUUCAGCAGCAUCCACUAACAACAUACAACAACAUGGUGGUCAACCACUUCCUUUCACAAACCAUCAUUCUCCUCCUACACUCUCAUCACAAUACUUGGAACAAUAUAACAAUAACUACCAUCAACACCUGUCAAUAUUUAAUAAUCAAUCUAAUGAUAAUUCUAGACCAUCUUUCACAAAUACAUCCACCCCUACCUCAAUUUAUCAACAUCCAACAAGUGAUUAUUCAGGAAUGCAGAUUCCCACAAACAUACAAGACUUUUCCCAUAAUGCAAAAAUUGUAUCAACCAAUGAUAUGAUGGUUUGCCAAUCUGACAAUUUUCCUCAACAACACUGUAAUCUAGGUAAUCAAGGAGGUGUCACCACCUCAAUGAAUCAGGCCAUACCUUCCAAUCCUCCUUCCCUUCCUAAUAAUUACCUCCACCUAACCAUUACUCCCAACAAUUUCCAAUCCUUUGAUCAAUUCCUAAAAGAAAACUCAUACAAGUACCAACCCACCUCUGUAAAUGAAUCCCUAGAUGAUAUCAAAAGAAAGAGAAUCAUCACGAAAGAAGAUAAAGAAGAAGAAAGAGAGCACCACCAAAUCAAAAUGACUAGGUCAGGAACCUCAACAAGUUGUGCCUUCAAUAUGUUUUAA